CCCGCGCCCAGGAGCCUCCUCCGCGCCGCCGCCGCCCCCGCGCCGCACACCCCGCUCCGCUUGCUCGCGAGAAGGCUGGCCGCCAUGGCGGAGCCGCUCAAGUCUGUGGACUACGAAGUGUUCGGGAGAGUGCAGGAAAGUGCAUCAGGAAUCAUGGCCAUAGUACUCAUCUGAUCCUGUCUGAUCCAGAAGCUGAGCAGUAUUGGGCCUGGUGUUUGCUUCAGAAUGUACACAGAAGGAGAAGCUAAGAAGAGAGGAGUGGUUGGCUGGGUGAAGAAUACUAGCAAAGGGACUGUGACAGGUCAAGUGCAAGGUCCCGAAGAAAAGGUGGAUUCCAUGAAAGCCUGGCUAAGCAAGGUUGGGAGUCCUAGUUCUCGCAUUGACCGGACAGACUUUUCUAAUGAAAAAACCAUCUCUAAACUGGAAUAUUCUAAUUUUAGUAUUCGAUAUUAAUGGGAGAAAAAUAACAAUUGUAAAGUUACAUUGCAGAAAAUAAAACACAUUCUUAAAUUUGUAAUAAUAGGAUUAAAAAUGGGAACUUUCUGUUCUGGAAAUCUCAGAAUUAUAUGUUACUAAAAUGUCUAAAACUGAAAAACUUUUACCCACCUAUGUUUUUAGCAAGAAGAAACCAAAUGUUAUAAAAUAAAAUGUUGUAACGUAUCAGAUAUGAUCAUUCAAGUGAA